AUGCAAUCCUGCAGGAGAUUAUCAGAACGACUUCAAGGAUUCAGGAGGUUUUGCUCAGCUCCACGGCGGAAGUAUGACGUGAUUGUGAUAGGAGGUGGUCAUGCAGGGACGGAGGCUUGUGCAGCUUCGGCCAGAAUGGGCGUCCGGACGCUGUUGAUCACCCACAAGUUCUCCACAAUUGGCGAGAUGUCGUGCAAUCCGUCGUUUGGGGGAAUUGGCAAGGGACACUUGAUCCGGGAAAUUGACGCCUUGGAUGGAGUUUGCGGUCGAUGCUGUGACAAAUCCGGAGUGCAGUACAAGAUGCUGAACAGGAGACGCGGUCCAGCUGUCUGGGGACCGCGGGCGCAGAUUGACAGACAGCUGUACAAGAAGGCUGUUCAGGAGGAACUGAGCAGCACUGAGAAUCUGGAGAUCUGCACAGCUUCGGUGGACAAUUUGAUUCUCAGCGAGACAGCGGACGGAGUGUCAUGUGGAGGAGUUGUUCUGGAGGGUGGCGCGGAAGUGGAGUCAGAAACUGUGAUAAUCACCACAGGAACCUUCCUGCGAGGGGAGAUUCACAUUGGAUUGGACGUGAGACCAGCUGGACGCAUUGGAGACGCUCCUGCUGUGGGUCUGGCUGAGAGCCUGGAGAGGAUAGGCUUCAGGAUGGCUCGCUUGAAGACUGGCACACCGCCGAGGAUCAAGAGAAGCUCUAUAGACUUUUCGAAUCUCACCAAGCAACCCGGCGACAAUCCUCCAGUUCCCUUCUCGUUUCUCAACUCCCGCGUCUGGCUGGAACCUGAAGAUCAAUUGAUGUGUCAUCUGGCCCACACCACGCCGGCCAUCAAUGACAUCGUGACAAGGAAUCUCCACGUGAAUCGGCACGUGUCGGAAGAGAUCACUGGGCCGCGCUAUUGUCCGUCAAUUGAGUCGAAAGUUCUGCGCUUCGGCCAGAAAUCCCAUCAAAUCUGGCUGGAGCCUGAAGGCAUGGACAGUGAUGUGAUCUACCCCAACGGGCUGUCAUGCACACUUCCUGAGGAGCAGCAAGAGAAGCUCGUGCGGACCAUUCCCGGUUUGGAAGCGGCAGAAAUCAUCCGUCCAGGCUACGGCGUUCAGUAUGACUUCAUAGACCCUCGAGAGCUCUUCACAACACUCGAGACUAAGCGAAUUGCUGGACUGUUCCUCGCUGGGCAGAUAAAUGGCACAACUGGAUACGAAGAAGCGGCUGCCCAGGGAAUUCUGGCCGGCGCAAACGCGGCUGCUCGAGUUUUGCAAAAGUCUCCGCUGCGGAUCACCCGCACAGACGGUUACAUCGGAGUUCUGGUGGACGAUCUCACGACGCUGGGUACAAAUGAGCCCUACAGGAUGUUCACGAGUCGCGCUGAAUUCAGGCUCACUCUCCGGCCCGACAACGCCGACAUGCGCCUCACGGAAAUAGGCUACGCUUUAGGGCUGGUCGGCGAGGAGCGCUACAAGAGGUUCCUGAGCAUGCGCCAGAGACUCUCAGAUGCCAUUGAGACGCUGAAGAGUCUGACGAGACGCACUUAUCUGUGGAGAGAAGCCCUAAAACUGCCUCAGAGCAAAACCACUACGACCAAGAGUGCUUUCGAGAUGCUCUCCAUCCCAGCGGACGGCAUUAAUGUCCAACAAAUUGCCAAACUAGAACCUGACUUGCUGGGCUGGAUCUGCGAAGAUCAGGUGCUCUGCGAAAGGCUGAAAAUCGAGGCGAUCUAUGAGCAAGUUGUGGCCGAUCAAGCCGUGGACGUUGAGAUGAUCAGGAAGGACGAGAAGCUUCUCAUUCCCAGCAACAUUGACUACUUCUCGUAA